AUGUCGACCGAGCGUGAGGUUGAGCUUGCUCAAUCAGGAAACAAUGUCCCCAUCGAGGAGAUCGUCGUGAACGAAAAGGCCGCCAUGGAUGUAGAUUUGGAUAAGGAGAACCAAGUGACUCCAGAUGGCGGAGAACCGACUCUCCACGAGAAGACGUCUCUGCGCCAUAUCGCCGAGAACCUGCCCAUCUCCGCCUGGUUGGUGGCCGUGGUCGAGCUGUGCGAGCGUUUCACCUACUACGGAAUGUCGGGUCUGUUCCAGAACUACGUCCAGCGUCCGCUGGAUGGCAGUCAGGGACGCGGUGCUCUGGGCAUGGAUCACCAGGGUGCCACUGGUCUCACCACCUUCUUCCAGUUCUGGUGUUAUGUGACUCCCAUCAUUGGUGCCAUCAUCGCCGAUCAGUACCUUGGCAAGUACAAGACUAUUGUGCUCUUCUGUAUUGUCUACAUGGUCGGUCUGCUCAUCCUGGUCUGUACCUCCAUUCCUGGCGCCCUGGAGCACGGCUCCGGUCUGGGUGGUUUCAUCGUGUCGAUCUUGAUUAUCGGUUUGGGUACCGGUGGUAUCAAGAGUAACGUGGCACCCUUGAUUGCAGACCAGUACAAGCGCAAGAAGAUGGCCGUUACCACCACCAAGAAGGGUGAGCGCGUCAUCAUCGACCCCGCCCUGACUAUCCAGCGUAUCUACAUGAUCUUCUACGGAUGUAUCAACCUCGGUUCCCUGUCUCUCCUCGCCACUCCCUACAUGGAGCUCUAUGUUGGCUUCUGGUCAGCCUAUCUGCUUUGUCUGUGCAUGUUCAUGGUCGGUACCCUGGUGGUCGUCCUCGGCCGCAAGUACUAUGUCGUCCGCCCUCCCCAGGGAUCCAUCAUCACCGACGCCUUCCGCGCCCUCUGGAUCAUGAUCCGCAACCGCAACAUGGACGCCCCCAAGCCUUCAUGGCAAGCCGAGCACCGCGGGAUCCAGGCUUCCAUGCCCUGGGACGACCACUUCAUCGACGAGCUCAAGCGUGCCCUUGUUGCUUGCCGUGUGUUCGCCUUCUACCCCAUCUACUGGGUCGUCUACGGCCAGUUCUCUGGCAACUUCGUCACCCAGGCCGGUCAGAUGGAGGGUCACGGUAUCCCCAACGAUCUGAUGCAGAACUUCGACCCCAUCUCCAUCAUCGUCUUCAUUCCCCUGCUCGAGACCUGCGUCUACCCCCUGAUGCGCCGUCUCAGGAUCCCCUUCCGCCCCAUCACCCGUAUCUCCCUUGGUUUCAUCGUUGCCGCCCUGGCCAUGAUGUACGCCGCCAUCGUCCAGCACCUGAUCUACUCCGCCGGACCCUGCUACGGCCAGCCGCUCUGCGCUGCCUCCGAGAUUGACGGCACUGCCUACGGUAACCAGGUCCACAUCGCCAUCCAGACCCCGGCCUACGUAUUCAUCGGUGUGUCCGAGAUUUUCGCCUCCGUCUCCGGUCUCGAGUACGCCUACACCAAGGCUCCCCCUAGCAUGAAGUCCUUCGUGCAGUCCAUGUACCUCCUCACCAACGCCUUCGGUUCCGCCAUCGCCGAGGCCCUGACCCCAGCCGCUUUCGAUCCCGCCAUCAUGUGGAUGUUCGUCGGUCUGGCGUGUGCCUCAUUCGUUUGCGGCCUGAUCUUCUUCAUGGUCUUCCACCACCUCAACGCAAAGGAAGACGACAUGAACGCUCUCGACGCCGACGACGAUAUGCCCGAGGCCCCCAUCGCCGAGUCUCGCCGCGAAUCCCGUCGCGAGUCCGCACCCAAGAUCUAA